AUGUGGUGGGAAAACUUGUCUUACUUGGAUAUGAUGGUGAUGACAAGUCAUGAUGGAACCUGGGUUAUAGCAGGAGAGGAUGGUACCAGACAGGAAGAAGUGGAAGGUGAGCUCAGUGAAGAAGAACGCUGGUUUGGGAAUUCUUCAGAAACUCCUUCGGAAGCAUCAUAUGGAGAAGUCCAGGAGAACUUUAAGUUGUCUCUUGAGGACAGAAUUCAAGAGCAAUCCACCUCCCCUGAUACCUCUUUGGGAAGUGCAACGCCGAGCAGCAACACAGUGGAGCUGGGAUCCAUUGAAAAUGAGGCACUAAGAGACACUCUACAGAGCAAGGAGCACCUUUCUCCAGAUGUGUCCUCUCUGGGUGAAGAGGAACCUCCUGGUCCAAACAAGCCGCUGAGCAGUAACCUCAGGCGGCUCCUGGAGGCUGGCUCCCUCAAGCUGGAUGCUGCUGUUACAGUCAAUGGCAGGGUUGAGUCCCCCGUAAAUCUUGGCUCAAACAUCUCUUUCUCUCCACCUGCUCACCAUGCCCAGCAGCUAAGUGUGCUUGCCAGAAAGCUUGCUGAGAAACAGGAACAAAGUGACCAAUACAAUGCAGGCGGUCACUUUAUAUGGAAUCAAGGUAAGUGGUUGCCAAACUCAACCACCACCUGUGGUUUGUCACCUGAUUCAGCUAUCCUGAAGCUGAAAGCUGCAGCCAAUGCCGUUCUGCAGGACAAAUCUUUUUCCAGGACUGAGGACAGGAUAAGCUUUGAAUCCUUUUCCUCGCCUUUUAGCUCGCAGUCAGCCAGCUCCACGUUAGCAGCUUUGUCUAAGAAAGUGAGUGAAAGAAGCAUGACUCCUGGGCAGGAGCACCCGCCUCCGGCCAGCUCUUUCCUUUCCCUGGCUUCCAUGACCUCUUCAGCUGCCCUUCUCAAGGAGGUUGCUGCAAGGGCUGCAGGCACCCUCCUGGCUGAGAAGAAGAAAUCACUGGUUCCUGAGGAUCCCCUGCAGCUUUCAGAGAUGAAACAAGAGAAAGCAACUCCACCACAAUCUUUGGAAUUACUGUUACUCCCAGUCCCCAAGGGAAGAGCAUCCAAACCCACUAGUACAGCCUCAGAAGAAGAAGGGGGAAAACCUUUCCAGUGUCCCAUCUGUGGUUUGGUAAUCAAGAGGAAGAGUUACUGGAAACGGCACAUGGUGAUUCACACGGGUUUGAAGAGCCAUCAGUGCCCGCUCUGUCCUUUCCGCUGUGCACGCAAGGACAAUCUCAAAUCACACAUGAAGGUUCAUCAGCACCAAGACAGGGGUGAGACCUUCCAAUGCCAGCUGUGCCCUUUUACCUCCUCCCGCCACUUCAGCCUGAAACUCCACAUGCGCUGCCAUCAACAUUUCCUCAGGACAGAGUCUAAAGUGAAGGAGGAAAUGCCAGAAACUGAGGCGAAGGGGUCACCACAGCUAAACAGUGACUCCUGCCCAGGACCACAGAGAGAAGGAGCAGGGCCUGACCUCACAGGAUCAGCAUCUGUAUCCAAAACACCCGAUGUUGCUGGGCAGCCUGGUGGGGGGGUUCCACCUUUGCUGGUGAAAGAAGAGCCCAAAGACGACACUGGUACCUCAGCUGCACCUUUUGUGCUUGGUACUGUCGACAGAGCCCCAAACAACACAAAACUGAAAGACUCCUCUGACUUCGUGGCUAAUACAGCAGCGGCGCUAUUCAGCCAAGACAUCUCUGUCAAGAUGGCAUCAGAUUUUCUUAUGAAGCUGUCAGCUGCAAAUCAAAAAGAGCCCUUGACUCCUAAUUUUAAAGUGAAAGAAGAGCCUAAGGAUGAAGAAGCUGGAAGUUCAGCCGUGUCUCAGCCCAGCUAUGUGUUCAGCCAAGAAGCCUCAGCUCCAAACAUCCCUGAAGAGAAAAUCAAGCCACAAGAAGCACAGGCAAAUGUGAUGAGGCAGGACAUGUCAGUCAAGGCAGCAUCUGAGCUUCUCAUGAAGCUCUCAGCUGAGAGUUUCAAGGAAGCCCAGACAGUAAAGAUAAAGGAAGAACCGAUGGAAGUUGACAUCCACGACUCGCAGGCUUCGGUGUCACCCAGCCAAAACGUUGGCUACAGCACUUUACUGGGGCGAGACAUCGGCGAGCGCAUCCAGAAGGCACCUGAAGGCCGUGUGCUCCCAGAGAGAAAUCUGUUCAGCCAGGACAUAUCAGUGAAGAUGGCAUCUGAGCUGCUCUUCCAGCUAUCAGAAAAGGUGAGCAAAGAGCACAACCACAAUAAAGAUAACACCAUCAGAACUACAGCCAGCCCUUUCUUUUCUGAAGACACAUUUAGACAAUCACCAUUCACAUCCAACUCAAAAGAUCUCCUUCCCAACGAAACUACUCUUCAUGGAAGGACAUCUGCACCAGAAACAGAAAAGCUGGGACUGGAGGUGGGAAAUGGAUUGCCAUCUUGGAAAUUUAACGACCAGCUGUUUCCCUGUGAUGUGUGUGGAAAAGUGUUUGGUCGCCAGCAGACUCUGUCCCGGCAUCUCUCACUGCACACAGAAGAGAGAAAAUACAAAUGCCACUUGUGCCCCUAUGCUGCUAAGUGCCGUGCUAACCUGAACCAGCACCUGACUGUGCACUCGGUGAAGCUGGUGAGCACCGACACCGAGGACAUCGUCAGCGCCGUCACGGCCGAGGGCAGCGAUGGAAAGAAGCACCCUUAUUACUACAGCUGCCAUGUGUGUGGGUUUGAGACAGAGAUGAAUGUUCAGUUUGUCAGUCAUAUGUCCCUCCACGUGGACAAGGAGCAGUGGAUGUUCUCCAUUUGCUGCACGGCAUGCGAUUUUGUCACUAUGGAAGAGGCAGAUAUGAAGGCUCAUGUCAACAACAAGCACACAGCUGAAGAGAGGAAGACACCCAGUGAAUCUAACAGUCCAUCUUCAUCUUCGCUGUCAGCACUAAGCGACUCUGCCAACAGCAAAGAAGAUGCAGAUAUAACCCCAAAAAACAAGGGAUCAAACAACCUGCUGGUCAUUUCUGUAGUGCCUGGUAGUCAGACCUCAGUGAACACUGAAGAGAAGUCAGAGAAAGGCUUUGAAUGUGUUUUCUGUAACUUUGUCUGCAAAACAAAAAAUAUGUUUGAGCGUCACCUGCAAAUCCACCUGAUCACACGGAUGUUUGAGUGUGACGUGUGCCACAAGUUCAUGAAGACACCUGAGCAAUUACUGGAGCACAAGAAAUGCCACACUGUCCCCACCGGUGGGCUCAAGUGCCCAUUCUGCAUCUACUCCACGAACCGCCCUGCAGCCAUGGAAUGCCACCUGAAGACUCACUACAAGAUGGAGUACAAGUGUCGGAUCUGCCAGACAGUGAAAGCCAACCAGCUGGAGCUGGAGAUGCACAUCCGAGAGCACCGCCUUGGCAACCAUUACAAGUGUGACCAGUGUGGCUACCUGUCCAAGACGGCCAACAAGCUGAUCGAGCACGUGCGUGUCCACACUGGCGAGCGCCCUUUUCACUGUGACCAGUGCAGCUACAGCUGCAAACGCAAAGACAAUCUCAACUUGCACAAGAAACUGAAGCAUGCUCCGCGCCAGACCUUCAGCUGCGACGAGUGCCUGUUCAAGACUACCCACCCUUUUGUCUUCAGCCGCCACGUGAAGAAGCACCAGAAUGGGGACUGCUUCGAAGAGGAGAAGAAGGGCCAGUAUUCAACCUCCAAGGAAGCCAGUCCGCUCCUACCAGUGAACAGCUCCAGGAACCUUCUCUCGCCCCUCUCAGUUAUGUCUGCCUCCCAGGCUCUGCAAACAGUAGCUAUGUCAGCUGCACACGGCAGCGGGGCAGACCCAAACUUGGCAGUGAAAGCCUUGGCCGUCAAUGGCACUUCCCUGUCCUUUGAUAAAUACUGGAACUCAGAGUUUGCCCACCUUAUUCCUUUAACGAUGUUUUUCCCCAGAAACCACUACGAUCUCACAUUCCAUCCACCCAGACCUCAGACUGCACCAGGAGGUGCCUCUUCACCUAAACACUCCUUCCUUGCCUACCUUGGACUAACAGAAAGGGCAGAAACUGUCUGA